AUGGCUACACAGGAUGAGCUCGCUACUGGCCCUAAUCUUUCGACUGCACAACGGGCGGACGCAGUCCAGUUCAGUCUUGCAUCAGCCCAUGAUCAGAACGCCGGUGGCAUUGUCAGCUUCGACGGCUUGACCGACCCUGACAACCCUUUGAACUGGACUCGAAGGAAAAAGUGGACCAUGACGAUCUUGUGCGGUAUGACCACGGUGGGAACGACGUGGGCAAGCAGCAUUUUCUCAACCGGAGCGAAUUCAGUCCACCACGAAUUUGGCAUUGGCCUCGAAGUUGCGGAACUAGGCCUCACGCUGUUCAUGAUAGGUUUAGGUACCGGUCCUGUCCUCUUCGCUCCCCUCUCCGAACUCUACGGUCGCCGAAUUGCUAUUCUACCGGCAUUCUUCGUUUCCGCAUGUUUCGCAUUUGCAACGGCCACCGCGAAAGAUGCACAAACAAUCUUCAUAAGUCGCUUCUUUUGCGGCUUCUGCGGCUCCGCACCCGUGGCUGUAACCGCGGGCAUUCUGAGUGACAUCUGGAUACCAAAAGAGCGCGGGAAAGCCAUGACCAUUUAUGCCAUGGCGGUCAUCACGGGUCCACUCGUGGCUCCUGUCGUGGGGGGUGCAUUUGUUACGGCCGAGGGACUGGGUUGGCGAUGGACGGAAUAUAUCACCGGGAUUCUCAUCUCCUGUAUCCUCGUCGCUGACGUCUUGUUUCUGGACGAAUCUUACGCCCCAAUCCUACUGAGCAGAAAAGCUAGACUUAUGCGAGUCCGUGGUAGUUGGGCUGUUCAUUCAAAGCAUGAAGAGUGGGAGUUCAGUAUCAGGGAACUGACGAGCAGGUACCUCCUUCGGCCGCUCAUGCUCAUAUCGCUAGAGCCCAUUUGCUUCUUGAUGUGUCUUUAUGCGAGUUUCGUGUUUGGCAUGAUCUACAUGACGUUCCCAGCUUUUCCAAUCGUUUUUCAAGGCGCAAGUUUUUCCCAACAUGUGCUACGCGGUUGGAGCCCAGUUGUCGGCUCACUCCCUUUUCUCGCCGUAUUGAUCGGUGCCACUCUCGGCUCGGCACUGAAUCUCUUGAAUCAACGACACUUUGUCAAGGUCCUCCAACAGAACAAAGGCCGCCCCGUUCCUGAAGCACGAUUGCCGCCGAUGAUGAUCGGUGCACCUCUAUUCGCCACAGGGCUAUUCAUCUUUGGAUGGACUUCCAAAACAAACGUCCACUGGUUCCCGUCUAUAUUUGGGACCGUUCUUGUUGGGUUUGGCUAUGCUACCAUAUUCCAAGCAGCAUUAAAUUAUCUUGUCGACACCUACCAGGAAUUCGCUGCGAGUGCGGUUGCGGCGAAUACGUUCUCAAGGUGUAUGCUUGCCGGAGCAUUUCCGCUUACCGCACAUCCGCUCUUUGCUAGCCUGCAUAUUGACUGGGCACUGAGCCUCUUGGGUUUUGUUGCUGUUGGUCUCGUUCCCAUUCCUUUCCUGUUCUACUUCUUCGGGAAGCAAAUUCGAGCACGGGGGAAGUGGUCGAAAGCUUCAAUUUGA